AUGGCGAUGCUGGGCAAGCCGCCCUACCCCAACGCGAACUUCAGCGUCCUGGCACAGCGCGACGGGGCGGACGAAGAGUACUCCUACUCCGAUGAGUACGAGCCCCGAUCCCGCAGCCGGCCGAACCGCUGGCAGCUUGCGGGUCUCUGCCUUUGCUGCCUAGGGGUCAUUGUGCUGCCGAUUCUCGCGGCCUCGUUCUUCGUCAACUCCUGGGCGCAAGAUGCCAUGGAAGCCUCGGGCUUCCAAACCUUUGGAGUCACCACCACGGUGUCUUCUGUAGACAUCUCCCUGAUAAGUGCGCGGUGGGGCUUCGGCGAUCUGGAAGUGGCCAGCCCAGCGGGUUAUGGUGACCACAACUUCAUGAGCAUCGGCAGCGGCGUUUUCGACAUAGGGAUCCGAUCCCUCUUCAUCUCCCCGCUGAACAUCCAAGAGCUAUCUUUGACAGACGUACAGGUCAACAUUGAUCAGCGCGUGGAUGGCACCUCCAACGCCAAGUUCAUCAUGGAGCACAUCCACAAGGUCUCGGGUUCUGCAGCAAGCAAGCGGUUUAACGAGGCCCUGAUGAACAAGAAGGUGACUGUAGACAAGAUCACCUUCAGCAACAUCGUCACGCGGCUCUGUCUUCACCCUUCCUGUGAGAUGUCGCCGCCACCCUACUUUGUCAUCAAGCAGGUGGAGGUGAAUGAUGUGGGCAAGAGGACCGGUGGAGUGUAUGUUCCAGACCUUCUUGAUGUCAUCGUCCGAGCGGUGGUGAUCGCGGCCAUCAAGGCCGCCCCCCAUCAGCUGGGAAGCCCACUGGCGGAGAGCUUGGGCGCAGGACUUCUGCAAGCGCUGGACUACGCACAGCUGCAUUACGAUCUCAACUCGGCUCUGCCGGCCGUCCUCCGAGCUCUGGAGGGGGAGCGCGUGUCGGGAGGUUCGGCGGCAAGCUUCGAGGCCCUGGCCAGCGCCAUUUCUUCGGCGCUCGCGCCUUCUCAAACCAAGCCGACCCGGCUCCUCCUGGCUGAGUCGGCUCUCUUGGCUGCGCUGGACAUGCAGUUUCCAGCAGAGAUGGAGGCACCGUUGCGGAGUGAUCUGGUGGUGCGGAGCGUCAGUAGCUGCGUGUCCUCACGCUGGCCAUUAGUGGCAGGACUGGCUGUGAGGUGCCUUUGUGCCCUGGCCGUCGCCAGCGCCGCCCACCAUGGGACCAAGGAGGACCGAAUGGAGAAGCAAACGUGGACGCGCAGGGUCGUGCCGCAGCUGCGGACCGUGCUCGAGGCGCACCCCAAGUCCUUUCAAGUGCAGCAGCUCGUCGCCGAGGGCUGCUGUGUCCUCCUGCUGAAAGGGAACGUCAACCUGGGAGGGCUCUCUGCUUUGUGGGCCUUACUGUGGCCUCUGGUGGUACAUCCCCGGCAGCAGGUGGCUUCAGCUGCUGGUCUAGCGCUUUGCCGUCUUACCUGGCUGCUCCGGGCUGGGGCCGACCCUGCGGGUCAGGCAGAGGGGCAAGUGGCCACAGCCGAGCGGGCCAUGGAAACCGCGUGCACGGAGGUUUCGAGCAUCUUCACCACUUCGGUGGCCCCGCGCCUCACGGAUCCUGCCACGCACAUCGCCAGCUUGCAGAUUGUCCGCCUCUUGGAGCUUCUGCGGGCGCUGGUGCUGUACAGCCGCAGCAAGCCUGCCGAUACCCCGGCUCGGCGUGACCGACGCGAGGGAGACGAAGCCUUGAUCGUCCUACCGCAGGCAAAGAUUCUGGGGAUCAUCGAGCUUCUCCUGACCUCGCUGACCCGCGAGACGGCGGUUGCCUCACAGGUGCUGCGUUCCGCCUCCACUCCCACAGGGCAGCUGGUGGGCAAGGCACUUGACCUGCUCUGCGCUGUCUUCGAUGUUUGUGGCACGGCGGCCUUGAUGUUCUCUGCCCAGCUGCGCCGUUGGCUGGAACUGCUGACAGAGUGGUCUCCAAAGACCUACGUCGCCCAUACCAGGGUGGUCCUUGGCUGGGUUCUCAGCCUUGACAGGACCGCCCCAGCCAUCCUCUUGCGGCGGCCACUUCUGCAGCGACUCUGCCGCUACUCACUCGAGGCCAUGCAGCAUGAGAUCGGGCUGAGCGACCGUCCGAGCCAGAGUCCUACGAGCCAGAGCGCCCGCCCGCGGAAGCGCAAAGCCGAGGCUGCCCAGGAUGCGGGCGACUUCAACCAGCCGCUGUUUCCACUGGCGUGCCAGACGCUUGCGCGCCUGGUGGAGAGGGGGGCAGCCCUCCUUGAACCGCAGCUGGUGGCCAGCAUCUGCGAGCAGGUCGUGCACACAGUUUGGCGCGGCCUCCUCCGCUCGCCAGCUGCGGUGGCUGGCAAGGAGCUGGACAUGUGCCUGGUGUACAAGCAGGUCUGCCGAAGUCCCGAGGCUGCCAUUGGGCUGUUGGAGGUGAUGCGGGUGCUUAUUGAGCCCCAGCAGCUCGGCUCAAAGCCACUGGCACCAAGUCUGCUCAACGCCUUUGCGGCCAUCAUCUCGACUUUGCAGGCGGUCUUCGAGAGGCAUACGGCGCAUGCCUUGCAAACAACGGACCCCGCACCCGGGGUCCGCGGCAAGCUCCUGGAGCUGGCGGAUGCCAUCCGCCAGGACAGUGUGCCACGACCUGCAGAGAGCAAAGGCAUCUCCAUCACUUGGGAGGCCGGUUCCGCUGAGCCGCAGGAAGCGGAGCAGGGUUUGGAAGGUACCCAGAAAGUGCAAGAGGUGGACGCCCGAGUCCCAAUGUCAGAGCUACCUGGGCUAACGGCGAAAUCCCUGGAGCCCGAGCCUGCAGAGCCUGCAGAGCCAGCAGAGGCGGGCGAUGUGGGAGCCAUGGAUGUCGAGUCGCCAGAAGCUCUGACCCAAGAAGCCCAACUGGCACCUGAAACGGCCAGGGAGGAGCCAGAGGCGCUCCCAACAGACACCCUGCCGGACACCUUUCAGGACACUGUAGAGGAGCCCAGGAUGCCGGAGGUGACUGGUGGGAAGGAGGACACCGAGGCCGCAGCGACUCUACCGCUGAGAGCGGGAGAGGAGGCGCCUCGAAGCGAACUGGGCGAGGAGGCCUUCUCCACGCCGCUGAAUGCACCGGCCGCCGACUUCCAGACCCCGCAGAACUCCGUGGAAGCUCAGGCAUCGUUUCCCGAGCCCGAGCCAGCUCUGUCACCUUCCGGCGGAGCCCCGCCUCCUGCCUGCGACGCCGCGCAGGAAAUGGAGGUGGUUAGGGACGAGAAGCUCGAGCUCUUCCCGACUGGGGGAAACGAUUCGCCUUCACCCGACCUGUGCAUGGACUCACCCAGCGAUGAGAACUGA